AUGCUCUAUAUAGAAAACAAGCCUGAGGCUUGUUCUCCAAAAAAAGUAUAUAGUUCUUCUAGUUCUUUAGAAAAGUAUAUACUUCUAUAUAUUGCUGGUUUUACAAAAGGCAAAUAUGUGUCUAACAUUUCUGGUUCUUUAGCAGAAAAAUAUGUAUUUAUUGGUAUUAGUUCCUUAGAAGAAGAAUAUGUGUCUAAUGUAGCUAGUUUUCUAGUAGAAGAAUAUGUGCUUAACAUAGCUAGUUCUCUUGUAGAAGAAUAUGUAUCUAAUAUUGCUAGUUUUCUAAAAAGAGAAUAUGUGUCUAACAUUGCUAGUUUUUCAGGAAAAGAAAAUAUAUUUAUUAUUACUGGUUACUCAAAAAAAGAAUAUGUAUCUACUGUUGCUAGUUCUUUAGAAGAAGAUAUAAGAAAAUAUAUGUCUGAUGUUGCUGGUUCUUUAGAAAAAUAUGUGUCUGACAUUGCUGGUUCUUUAGAAGGAGAAUAUGUGUCUUUUACUACUGGUUUUCCAGAUAAAAAAUAUAUGCCUAAUGCUUCCAGUUUACCAGAAGAAUUCUCACAUCCUUUAUAA